CACCGACGUUUUCUUCCAUGCCUACCUACCUGCAUCAGCAACCAUCAUUUCACGAGAUAACUGUGUUGAACCAAACUCCGGUCGUAACUCGUACCAACCCUCAUUACAGCCGUUGGAACCAAGCCCAAGUCAAAGAGUCGCAUUGUCUGACAGCUAUCGGCGGUGUGGUGUUCUCCGUAAUCCGACUCGGAAUCCCGGAGAGUGAGAUUCGGGGAUACGAUGGGGGAGGCAGAUGCGGAGGAAUGGCAGAUUCGGAAAUAUGGGUGCCCGUUUUUGCUCCUAAAGCCGCGCGACCUCUGGGCGACGCUGCUUCUGGCUGGUUACACACGCGACGGCACCAUCUGUCUGAUUCGAGGAGGGAUGCCAUACUUGCAUAGCUUGGUAUCGCUUUCGUCAGGCGCCACGCCACUUUCGCAUUCCAACGAAUGCUGACGUUGAACACGUAGCGUGCCUUGCGAUGCCUUGUCCCUGUGAGCCGAGCCGGUGGUGGGAGGGUCAACCACGAGCAUCGCCAGUCGUACGUCAGCCAGUUCUAUAAAAGAACAGGUGCCGCGGCCUCUGUCGACAGGAUUCAAAAUGCAAACAUAGGAGCCCAACACUAUCGUAAAUCCAGCAAGAUGAAUGACGUACUGAGAAGCGCUUUCCCCCCCAAGGCCAGCCUCACAGAGGCCAACUUGCCCGACCAGAGCGGCAAGGUCUUCAUCGUCACCGGAAGCUCUGGUGGCUUGGGCAAAGAACUCGCAAAGAUCCUCUACUCGAGGAACGCCAAGGUGUACUUGGCAGCGCGGUCUGAGACGAAGACCACGGCCGUGAUCAACGAGCUGAAGGAGUUGUACCCCCAAUCCGCUGGCCACUGCGAAUACCUGCACCUGGACCUCAGCGACCUCACGACCAUCAAGAAAUCCGCCCAGGAGUUUCUCGCAAAGGAGAGCCGCUUGGACGUCUUGUGGAACAACGCGGGCGUCAUGACGCCGCCUCAGGGGUCCAAGACGGCCCAGGGCUACGAGCUCCAACUCGGCGUCAACGUCCUGGGCCCGUUCCUCUUCACCCACUUCCUCCGCCCGGCGCUGUCGACCGCCGCGAGAGCCGCGCCAAAGGACUCGGUCCGGGUCGUCUGGCUGUCUUCGGGGUAUGUGACCGUGGCGCCCAAGCCGCCGAUCGACCUCGGCAACAUGGACUACGCAAAGGACGAGAGCGCGACGACGAAGUACACGAGGAGCAAGGCAGGCAAUGUCGUCAUCGCCGCCGAGUUCGCGAGACGGACGGCCGGCGAGGGCAUCAUCAGCGUGAGCGUGGACCCCGGCAUCUACAUGACCGACCUGCAGCGGACCAUGUCGUGGCAUUCGAAGAUCAUUGCGAAACUCCUCUCCAGCGAUCCGAAGAAUGGAGCAUACACUGAACUCUUCGCUGGUCUAAGUACAGCAAUUACCGGGGCAAGCAACGGAGGCUGGGUUAUUCCUUACGGUCGGCUUGCAUCUGGCCGGGCAGAUCUUCUCGACGCUGAACUUGGGAAGAAGUACUGGGAGUGGGUGGAGGAGCAGGUCAAGCCGUACAUCGCAUGAUGGGUUCGGACUUGCGAAUUAAUGCCUUUUUGCUUCAAGGGGAUAUUGUAACACUAGAAUGGUCAUAGAUUUCAUUAAACUUCACAAUGUUUUAUGACG